AUGGCGGGCGCGGGGGGCGCGGGGGGCGCGGGAGGAGCGGCCCCGGUGCCGGUGCCCCCCUGGUACCACCGGGACCUGAGCCGGGCGGCGGCCGAGGAGCAGCUGGCGCGGGCCGGGCGGGACGGCAGCUUCCUGGUGCGGGACAGCGAAAGCGUGGCGGGGGCCUACGCGCUCUGCCUGCUGUUCCAGAAACACGUGCACACCUACCGCAUCCUGCCGGACGAGGAGGAUUUCCUGGCCGUGCAGACGUCACAGGGCGUGCAGGUGCGGCGCUUCAAGACGCUCAGCGAGCUGAUUGCCCUGUACCUGCAGCCCAACCAGGGGCUGGUCUGCACCCUGCUCUUCCCUGUCGAGAGGGAGAAGGAGAAGGAGAACGUGGAGGACAGGGACUACUCUGAUGGAGAGGAUGAGAAGCCGCCAUUGCCACCACGCUCUGGCUCCACCAGUUUCUCUGGCACCUCAGCGGGGCUCAGCCCCACUGGCCUGGGACCAUCUGUGCCAGAGAGGCCAGUGGAGAGCACCAAUGGGCUCAGCAGCAUCUCUCACGAGUACCUGAAGGGCAGCUACAGCCUGGACCUGGAGGCAGUGAAGGGAGGGGCCAACAGCCUCCCCCACCUCAACAAGACUCUUGUCACCUCCUGCAAACGGCUGCACAGUGAGGUGGACAAGGUGCUGGCAGGGCUGGAGAUCCUCUCCAAGGUGUUUGACCAGCAGAGCUCCCCCAUGGUCUCCAAGAUCCUGCAACAGACAGCAGGGCAGAGUGGAGAGCAGGAGCUGGAGAACCUGGUGCUGAAACUGUCUGUGCUGAAAGAUUUCCUGUCGUCCAUUGAGAAGAAGGCACUGAAGGCCCUGCAGGAGAUGAGCUCAGCCACCCCCGCUGCCCCCCCUCAACCCCUCUCCCGCAAGGCCAAGAGCAUCCCAGUGCAAACCUUCGAGGUGAAGCUGGAUAUCACCCUGGGGGAUCUGACCAAGAUUGGGAAGUCACAGAAGUACACGCUGAGCGUGGAUGUGGAGGGGGGUAAACUAGUGGUGCUGAAGAAGCAGAAGGACUCCCAGGAGGACUGGAACACCUUCACCCAUGACAAGAUUCGGCAGCUGAUCAAGUCACAGCGGGUGCAGAACAAGCUGGGCAUCGUUUUUGAGAAGGAAAAGGAUAAAACGCAACGGAAGGACUUUGUUUUUGUCAGUGCUCGGAAACGUGAGGCCUUCUGUCAGCUUCUGCAGCUGAUGAAGAACAAGCACUCUCACCAGGACGAGCCUGACAUGAUCUCUGUCUUCAUUGGCACCUGGAACAUGGGCAGCGUUCCCCCCCCCAAGAACAUCACUUCAUGGAUCACCUCCAAGGGCUUGGGCAAGACCCUGGACGAGGUGACGAUGGCCAUACCGCACGACAUCUACGUCUUUGGCACCCAGGAGAAUUCCCUGGGAGACAAGGAGUGGGUGGACUUCCUGCGCUCUGUCCUCAAGGACUUCACUGAGGUUGAGUACCGCCCGGUGGCCAUGCAGUCCCUGUGGAACAUCAAGGUGGUGGUGCUGGUGAAGCCAGAGCACGAGAACCGCAUCAGCCACGUCAGCACCUCCAGCGUCAAGACAGGGAUCGCCAACACCCUGGGGAACAAGGGCGCUGUGGGUGUCUCCUUCAUGUUCAAUGGCACCUCCUUUGGCUUUGUCAACUGCCACCUCACCUCUGGCAAUGAGAAGACGGCACGGAGGAACCAGAACUACCUGGACAUCCUGCGCCUGCUCUCACUGGGGGAUAAGCAGCUGAGCUCCUUUGACAUUUCUCUUCGCUUCACUCACCUCUUCUGGUUUGGGGACCUCAAUUACCGCCUAGACAUGGACAUCCAGGAGAUCCUCAACUACAUCAGCCGCAAGGAGCUGGAGCCGCUGCUGAAGGUGGAUCAGCUCAAUCUGGAGAAGGAGAAGCACAAGGUGUUCCUGCGCUUCGGUGAGGAGGAGAUCACCUUCCCCCCAACCUACCGCUAUGAGCGGGGCUCCCGGGACACCUAUGUCUGGCACAAGCAGAAGCCCACAGGGGUGCGUACCAACGUGCCGUCCUGGUGUGACCGCAUCCUCUGGAAGUCCUACCCCGAGACUCAUGUCAACUGCAACGCUUAUGGGUGCACAGAUGACAUUGUCACCAGUGACCAUUCACCCGUCUUCGGUUCCUUUGAAGUGGGAGUGACAUCGCAGUUCGUUUCCAAAAAAGGGCUCUCCAAGUCCUCAGAGCAGGCAUACAUCGAGUUUGAGAGCAUAGAAGCCAUCGUGAAGACCUCCAGUCGCACAAAGUUUUUCAUCGAGUUCUAUUCUACCUGCCUGGAAGAGUUCAAGAAGAGCUUCGAGAACGACAGCCAGAGCAGUGACAACAUCAACUUCCUCAAGGUGCAGUGGUCAUCCCGGCAGCUGCCCACGCUGAAGCCCAUCCUCUCUGAGAUUGAGUACCUGCAGGACCAGCACCUCUUGCUCACUGUCAAAUCCCUUGAUGGCUACGAGUCCUAUGGGGAGUGUGUCAUUGCCCUGAAGUCCAUGAUUGGCAGCACAGCCCAGCAGUUCCUCACCUACCUGUCCCACCGUGGUGAGGAGACCGGCAAUAUCCGUGGCUCCAUGAAGGUCUGGGUGCCCACGGAGCGCCUGGGCACCCGUGAGAGGCUCUAUGAGUGGAUCAGCAUCGAUAAGGAUGAGACGACAGCCAGCAAAGGGAAGGUGCUGCUAGGUGCCAGGGCCACUCAGGACAAUGCCAAGUCUGUGGGGCGGAAGCCCAUGGGUGCUGAGCCCCCCACCACCCUCCUGGCGAAGCUGCCGGAGGAGCCCGACAAGAGCAGCACCACAGCAGCGCCGCGUCCCCCCGCCCCGCACCGCAGCGCCCCCAGGGACGAGGCCGCCCCGAGCCGGUCCAAGGUGGAGGCAGUGCCGGAGCUCUCAGGGGGUCCCCUGAAGAACAGCUUCAACAACCCAGCGUACUACGUGCUGGAGGGGGUCCCCCACCAGCUGCUGGUGCCAGGGGACCCCGGCAAGCCCCCCAAGGCCAAGGUGCAGGUGGCAGUGCCGGAGCGCUGCCAGUGCCCCUCGGCAUGCUGCGGUGGCGAGAGCGAUGAGGAGGAGGAGCUGGGCACCCUGAACCUGCCCCCGCCGGAUUUUCCCCCGCCGCCACUGCCCCGGGAGCUGGAGCUCCCCCAAAACACCUUCUUGGGCACCCCCAAGGAGCUGCUGGCAUCCAGCGGGUGUGAGGACCCCAAAUCCCACCCUGCUGCCUUCGGAGAGGCUCCCCUGCCCAAGCUGCACCCCCGGCCACCCCCAGCCGCCAGGGCUGGAUUUGGGAUGGAGGGAGCUGGGGGGAUGCCCGUUCCCGGGGCACUGCCCGCUCCUGGGGCACUGCCCGCUCCUGGGGGCCUGUCGGGAGGGCUGCUGGAUGACCGCUCCUGCUCGGUGCUGCAGAUGGCCAAGACACUGAGUGAGGUGGACUACGGGGGUGGGAAGGGGAGGGUGGUCCCCCCACCACCGCUGCUGGCCAAGGGGGCCUUGCCUCCCCGCUGCCUGCACCCCGACUAUGGCCGCCCCCUUGCCUUCCCUCCCCACUCCAUCCAGGAGAGCAUCCAGGAGGAUCUGGCUGAGGAGGCGCUGGGCCGCGGCAUGGGCACCAUGCCCGGCGUGGGCGAGUGGCUGCGGGCGCUGGGGCUGGAGCGGUACGAGGAGGGGCUGGUGCGCAACGGCUGGGAUGACCUGGAGUUCCUCAGUGACAUCACGGAGGAGGACCUGGAGGAGGCUGGAGUGCUGGAGCCCGGCCACAAGCGUGUCCUUCUGGAGAGCCUCCAGCUCCGCAAGUAGCUGCCACCGCCCAUCCAGCAUCCCGUGCUUCCCGUGGCCCGGCAUCCCAGAUCCUGCAGCCCUGCGUCUCAGACCUUGCAGUAGUGUGUCCUGUGGCCCAGCAUCCUGCCUCCCACAGAUGGACAUCCUGGAUCCCAUGGCUGUGCAUUCUGUAUCCUGCUGCCACGUGUCCUGGAGCCUGUGGCCCUGCAUCCUGCAGCUGAGCAUCCCAGAUUCUGCGGCCACACAUCCCAGAUCCCUCAGAUCCUGUGGCCGUGUGUCUGCAGCCCGGCAUCCUGUGACCCCAUAUCCUGGGUCCCAUGGAUGUUCAUCCCAGAUCCUGCAGCUGUGCAUCCUGCAGCUGAGGAUCCUUCAUCCCACAGCCCCACACCCUGCAUCCAUUCAUCCCACCAUCACCAGCAGCAAGUGGGAACCCCAUGAGCUCCACAGCCCACCCCACCCUGGGUGCAGGGUAAUGGGGCAGGAAGGGGGAGUGGGGGACAGGGGGGUGGUGGGUCCUGGUCAGAUAAUUUCACAUGAGGAUACCCACGGGGUGUCCUCACAUUUAAGUUAUUUUUUUAUUUAUUGGGAGAAGGGGUGGGGGAAGAGGUGUUUGGGGGUAACCUGGCUCCCUGGUUGGGACCCUGGCUCCCCCCAUGAGCCCUCACAGCUAGGAGGAGGCUCUGAGCAAAGUCAUGUCUUGACCCAAGUGCCUUCAUGAUGCCUGGGAUGGGAUGGAAUGGGAUGGGAUGGGAUGGGAUGGGAUGGGAUGGGAUGGGAUGGGAUGGGAUGGCUCAGCCAGCCCCCACAGACAACACUAGACCCAGCUCAGGGUCCCUAUCCCCACCUCUAAAGAUCCUGUCCCUACCCUGAAGGUCCCAUCCCCACUGUGAAGGUUCCUGGGCAUCCCUGUCCCCACCCCAGGGCACCUGUCCCCCUCAGGGUCCUUGUCCCUAAGAUGGAUGUCCCAUUCCCACCCUGGAGGAUCCCCAUCCCCACCCAGGGGGUGCCAGUCACCAUCCCUGGGGGCCCCCUCCCCUUGCUGUAGGUCCCUCUCCCAGCUCCAGAGCAUCCUGUCCCCACACUGGACCUCAUAUCUGUACACCAGGGGUUCUAUCCCCACUCUGAUCCCUGUCCCUGCUCUGGAUGUGCUGUCCCCAGCCCUGGGGGUUCCUGUCCUCACCCCAGGUAUCCCUGUUGCCAUUCCUCGGGGUCCCAUUCCCGCUAUGGUGGUCCCUGUCCCCACCCUAGGGGUGUUGUCCUCAUUCCCAGGGGUCCCACCCCACCCUGAGGGUCCAUCCCACCCAGAGGUUCCAUUCCCAGAGGUCCUGUUGUCCCUAUUCUGGGGAUUCCGUCCCUGUCCCCACCAUGGGGUCCCUGUCCCCGCUCUGGGAGUGCCUGUCCCCGUGCUGGGAGUCCAUCCCCAGCCUGGGAAUCCUGUCAGAGCAGAGCCAGCUCAGUGCCUUCCCCCAGAGCCCAUCCCACACCAGCAGUGCCUGCGGGGCAGAUCCCCCAUCCCAGCCCGUUUGCCCAUUGGCACUGGCUGGGUCUGUCCCCACGGGGGUUUGUGUCACCCUUGGGGACAGCGGGGCUGGCAGCCGGCUCUCCUUGUGGGUGCUCAGCCCCCAGCCUUGCCAAGUGUCCUUCCAGGAGGGUCCCCAGGGUGGGAGCCCCAGGGCAGGGCUGCUCCCACUGUGCUUUCCCCUCUGGGAUGCUCCCUCCAGGCUCUCCCUGUCCUCAGGGGGGUGGGGGUGAUGCUACCCCAGACACCCCACCCCUCACUCCGGCUGAGAUGAAGGAUGGGCCAGGUGCCCCUGGCAUACCCCAACCUCCCCCCUCUGUUACUGGGGGGGUGAACUCCCCCCACUAAACCCCAGCUCCUGUGUUUGGAGGUGUUUGGUAAACCUGGAGUGAUUUUUAUCAUGUUCAUGCAAUGGCUGUGCUGGAGCUCUCGGCGUGGGGAGCGGGGCAAGGUGGGGACCCAGGGGGAGGAGCUGGGUCCCAGCAUAAUCUGUGACCCCUCCAAGCUGGCUAUGCUGGCCCCAGCAAGGUGGGGAGCAGGUCCCUUGUCCCCUUCUUGCCCAUUUGGGUACCUCAGACCACUCCCCCAACAGCCUGGCAUGCUCCUUGUCACCAUCCCAAUGCCCCCAAGAGCUUCUUCAUCAUCACCCCCCAAAGGGCCCCCAGAGGCCGGGGGGGCUGGGUGGGGCACCCCUCUCCUCACCCCACUUGGGGGGUCUUCCCAUGGGGUGCCCCUUCAGCGUCCUACAGCUGCUUGGGGUCUUGGAGUGGGGGCACCCAAAAUAAUCCCUGAGGUGCUGGGGGCCCGUGGCAUCACCUGGGGGGUUCUGGUGGGUUUCAGAGGGUCCAGGGGCGGAGACUGUGCAGCCCCCCCACCCCUGCAACCCCUGGUGGAGGUGGGGUGCAACAGGGACUGAGGGCCAGCAGCACUGUCAAUAAAUUAAGUUUAAUUUGGA